AUGUCGAUAAAUAAAAAUUUCAAUUACGUUGAUUGGAUAAGAAAAGCAAUCGAGAAUAAUUUUAUUACUUACUAUGAUCAUAACGAAUUUAAAAAUAAAAAAAAAAUUGAAAAUAGUAAUAAUUCAGUCGGAAAAAUAUUUAAAGCAAACUGGAAUAACACUAAUACUAAUUUGGUCGUGAAAACAUUGUACGAAUUGGACGUUAAAAAAAUUGUAAAUGAGCUCAAAGCGCAGAAAGAAGUUAAUUUUCAUAUAAAUAUUUUACAAAUUUAUGGAAUUUCAAAAUUAGACGAUCAGUAUUCAUUAGUAUUAGAGUACGCGGAUGGUGGAUCAUUAUAUUCUUACUUGAAGAAAAGUUUCACUAAACUUGAAUGGGAUGAUAAAUAUUGUUUAGCGUUACAACUCGCAAAUGCUAUAGAAUAUAUUCAUAAUGAAGGUAUAAUCCAUUAUAAUCUGCAUGCGCAAAAUGUACUGAUACAUAAAAAUAUCAUUAAAAUUGCAGAUUUUGGCUUAUUUAAAAGGGUGAAUGAAAUAUCAAAUUAUUCCAAUAAAGCAUUAGAUUUUCUUCCUUAUUUAGAUCCAAAAAACUUUAAUAAUGCAUUUAAUAUCAAAUAUGAAAGUCAACCUCAUAUAAUGAAUUUCAAAUCAGACAUUUAUAGUAUAGGAGUUCUUUUCUGGUUAUUGUCAAGUGGACGUAGACCUUUUUAUGAUGUAGAUACACAAUAUGAUAUAAUUUUAGCCACGGAGAUAGUAAAUGGAAAAAGAGAAGAGAUCAUUAAGGACACGCCUGUUGAAUAUAGUGAUAUAUAUACAGCGUGUUGGUCAGAUGAUCCUGAUGAAAGACCAUCUAUUCAAAUAGUAGUUUCAUGUCUUAAAUCAAUAAUUGAUCAUUCUAUCAAAUCUAUUGCAAAUGAAAUUGAGAAUCAUUCUAUCAAAUCUAUUACAAAUGAAAUUGAGAAAAAAUCAUCGAAUAAUGAUCUUAAUUACAUGAUGGAUGAUUAUGAUUUAUCUAUAUAUGACCACUUUUCAAAAAUUAUGAUAGAUGACGACUACAGUUUAAACACGUUUGAUUACGUAAAAAAUAAUUUAUUAAUACCUAAUUUAACUGAUUUUACUAAUAAUGUUGAAAAAAUUGUUGAUAAAUUAAUUGACCAUUUGAUUAGAAUGCAUGAUGAAUUGUGUUAUCUUCCUACUGAAGCAAGAGAAAUCAUCAAUCAAAAUCUUCAAGAUCUUGAUAAGUUUUUACAAAUUAAAAUUUUCGAUUGGCUUAUUAGAAAUCAAACAUCAUCAAAAUAUAUUUUUUUUCGUGGCUUUCUUUAUUAUAAUGGAAUCAUUAUUAUAGAGAAAGAUGAGGAUAAAGCAUUUGGAUUGUUUUCAAAAGCAUCAAAAGAUAAUUAUCCUAUUGCUCAAUUAUAUUUAGGUAAAUUACAUAAAGAUCCUAAAAAAGCCUUUUAUUGGUAUCAAAAAUCGGCGGAAAAUGGAAGUAAAUUUGCACAAUUUUAUUUAGGUAAAUGUUAUGAAAAUGGAAGUGGUAUUGAAAAAGAUAAUUUUAAAGCAUUCAAAUAUUAUAAAAAAGCAGCAAUAAGUGGAAAUAAAAUUGUACAAUUUAAUUUAGGUAGAUGUUAUUUAUGUGGUAUAGGUAUAGAAAAAGAUUAUGAUAAAUCAUUUGAAUGGUUUGAAAAAUCAGCUAAACAAGGGUAUACUAUUGCUCAACUUGAACUUGGAAUAUUAUAUGAAAAAGUGAAAAACGAUUUUGAGAACUCAUUUUAUUGGACUGAAAGAGCAGUAAAAAAAGAAAGCAAAUUUACACAUUCUCAUAUAGGUACACAUUAUGAUAAUUGUUUGGAUGCUCAGAAGAAUGAUUUUAGAUCAUUUGAAUGGUAUGAAAGAUCAGCCAAACAAGGAUGUUAUAGUGCAAUAUAUAUAUUAGGACAUUUAUAUUUAAAGGGAAUAGGUACUGGAAAAAAAUUAAAAGAAUCAGUUCAUUUGAUUGAAAAAGCGGCAAAAGAAGGAAAUAAACAUGCGCAAUUAUAUUUAGGAAGAUUUUAUGAAGUAGGAAUUAUUGUUAAGAAAAGUUGUGUUGAAGCAUUUAAGUGGUACAAAAAUGCAGCGAAUGAUGGAGAUAAAUAUGCUCAAUUAAUAUUAGGAUUUUAUUUUGAAAAAGGUGGGUAUGAAUUUGCAAAAAAGGAUAUAAAAAAAGCGGUAUGUUGGUAUGAAAAGUCAGCUGAACAAGAAUAUGCUUAUGCACAAUGUUGUCUAGGAUAUUUAUACGAAAAAGGCAAAGGAAUUGAUCGAGAUUUAAGAAAAGCCAUUUAUUGGUAUAAAAAAGCAGCAGAAAAUGGUUAUGAAGCUGCGCAUUAUCUUUUAGCUAAAUUUUAUGAAGUCGUUGAAAAAAAUGAAGCUGAAGCAUUUAAGCAUAUUAAAUAUUCUAUUGAAAAAGGUUACUUCAAAGGAAUGUUUAUACUUAGAGAAUAUUAUAGUAAAGGAAUCGGAACUGAUAUUGAUAAAGAAAAGGCAAUUAAUUUAUUUAAAAUUGCUUCUAAAAUAAAAAAACUGACGAAACAAGCUAAUUUAUAAUUUAGUAAAUUCUCACAUUUUCUAGUAAUU